AUGCUUGAAAUCUUAUAUUAUCUUCAGGGUCAUCAAAGCGUUUAUGUUGGAAUUGUUGGCGCAGGAAUAGGCGCGCUGGCAGCUGCCAUCGCGCUUCGUCGCGCAAGGGUGGCUGUCACUGUUCUAGAAGCUGCUGGGGAAUUGCUCGAAAUCGGAGCCGAAAUCCAAAUGACGCCAAACGUAUCAGUCCUCCUUCAGAGAUGGGACGUCGCCGACGUGAUCGAGGACAGCUUGGUCCAGAUCGAAGAACUCAACAUGCGUCGCAAAGAUGGCACCCUUGACGGACAUACGGAUAUACCUGUGGUUGAAAAGGCAUUGGGGAGACCAUGGUGGCUUGUUCAUCGUGCUCAUCUGCAUGAAGGUAUUGCGGUGACAGCUAAGCGGCUGGGAGCAGCGAUACACACCAAUAGCCGCGUCGUCUCGCUUGACCACCAGGCCGGGGGUAAGGUCACGUUUGAUUUGUGUAGAGGUGCGGAUGGCUUGAAUAGCAUUGUGCGAAGCACACUAUUUCCAGACGUGAGACCGGAUGCCAAAACCACAAACUGCGCAUACCGGGCGGUUAUACCGUAUGAACGUAUUCGCCAGGACUCGAUUGCGAAAGAGCUUAUUCAAAAGCAAACAAUGGAGGUGUGGAUGGGGUGUAAUGCCUACAUCAUUACAUAUCCCAUCAGUGCAGGCGAACUGUUCAACCUAGUUCUCUCACAUCAUCGUCCGGAGAAGGUGUAUGCUACGCAGCCAGAUGUCCCCACCGAGGAAUUGCGGAAUGAGUACAAGGAUUUCGACCCUCGAAUUAAGUGUAUCGUUGAUAUGAUCCAUGAAACGUCUCGCUGGGCCCUGUUAGUGACCGGGCCCUUGAAGUCAUGGUCUUCCCCCCAGAAAAAUGUGGUGUUGAUGGGAGAUGCAGCACACUCAAUGGUAAACCACAUGGCUCAAGGGGCUGCUACGUCUAUGGAAGACGGAGCAUUUCUCGCAAAGUGCAUCGGCGCCGUCGUUCAAGGAAAGCUGAGUCUCCGGAAGGCUAUAACUCUCUACGAAGUCGAGCGGAUGCCAAAGGCCUUCCUAAAACAGCAGGUUUCGUUUCUUAAUGGCGCCAUCUGGCGCUUAGCGCAUGGCCCUAAGCAGCAGGCCCGUGAUGCAGCUAUGGCUCCGGACCUUGAAAGAGAAUAUCAUGUCCGCAGCAGCAACAUUUACGGCGAUCCCCAGACAGUUGUGGAUGUUUAUGGAUAUGAUGUUAAAGUCCAUGCGGAGGAAGCAUUGGAACAUUUUACCAACGCGGAGAAGGAUGAGUAUCUAGGCACCGGCAUAGUUCCUGGCCUUGAGAAGUAUAUGGGUUGGUUUAUGAAGCUGCCUGCGAACCAGCCACACUCGAAACUUUGA